AAAUAUGGAUGAAUAUUGGGAAGAAGAUGACGUAAUAUCGAAAUUACUUGAUCAGUGCGUUGAUCAACUUUCUGCUGUGCCGGAGAAAUCUCUGCUUGAUGAAUUUGUGGAGGUUGGUGCUAAAGUUGAUACAAUGAACAAGAAGUCAACAUUUCAAAACAGGAAGAAGUUUGGAAAUUACAAGUUAAAAGGUAUGAUGGACGAGUUUUAUAAGUUAAGUAAAGUGAUGGAUGAACAAAUUGGAAUUUCGCAGCAAAAGGUAAAGAUAGCAAGCGAAGAAAAAGAUGCUGUUUAUGAGAAUGCUGUGGAAGAUGGAAAAGUCGCCAUGUUGGAAGAAUUAUUAGGAAGUGAACAAACAAAGUCGAAGAAGAACGAGGAAGAAUAUGAGAAUAAGUUAAAAGCUAAAGAAGAAGAGUAUUUAAAGAAAGUGAAAUCUUUGAAAGAAGCUCUUGAAAGACAGAAGAAUACAAAUAAAGAAUUACAAUAUGAAUUUAAUAAAAUAUUAGAAGAAAAAGAACAAGAAAUUGAAGAUCUAACAGUAGAGAAUACAAAUUUAAGAAAUGAACUGGCAUCAAAAGAAAAUGAUGUAUAUGAACUAGCCUUAGAGAAUGAAGAGUUGGAAGAUAAAGUUGCGAUUAGCAAAGAAUACAUAGCUACUUUAAAACUACAACUAAGCAAUUUUGAAAAACAACAGCAACAAGAUAAAUGGAAGUUAGAACAAGCCGAUGAUUUGUUAGAAAUGGUGGAGAAAGAAAAUGAUGAAAUGGAACGUAAAUACAAAGUUGCAUUUACCAACCUUGUUCAACAGUUAAAAGUAGAGAAGAUUAGAAAUAUGAAACUGCAGUGUGAUAACCAGCUUGGUACAGCUGGUACGAAUCGUUCUAAAUCGAUGCCGUCACACACAACCGCAAACACUCUUGGUAUGUUGUGUAAACGACCCGACAUUGAAAGCAAAGUAGACAUUACGCAAAUAAGAUCUGUUGGUAAAGAAAGUUGGAAGGAAAUAACUGAAAAUGUUAAAGUUCCAGUAGUUUUAAAAUCUCUUGGAUGGACACAAGCUUUCAUUCAUAGAAAAGAUUAACAAUACAAACA